AUGGCUUCCAGAUCAGUUCCAGACAAGAUGAAGGGUUUCCUUUCUGCUGAGAGGUACGCAGUGAUUGGAAGAGUGAUGAGCGAUAGGUCACGAUGGGAUAACAGGAUCCUUAGGUGGUAUCAAACUCGUCAAUUUCCUGUUGUAGGUGUACGACCUGAUAAAGCUUCGGAGGAAAUUGAAGGUCUAGAACUUAUCACUGAUCCAACUUUAAUACCUCAACUACCGAAGACGAGUAUAUCAAUAAUAAUCAAUCCCUUAAUCGGCUUAUCAAUCCUGAAAUCGCUUUUUCCUCAACCACCACAACCUGAUGUUGAACCAAGAGCUGUAUGGUUCCAACCUGGUGCAGAUGAUGCAUCCAUCUGGCAAUAUGUGAAAGAAAGAGGAAUAGAAGAUAAAGUCAUUGGAAGAGGCGCUUGUGUGUAUAGGGAUGGCGAUGAUGUCUUGGAUCAAAUCAAGAGAGAUAAAGGGAGAUUGUAG